CCGCCCGCGGCGCUGGGGGUGGCGGGCUACCGGGAGCCGCCUCCUCCUUCACUUUCUCAAUCGCUCCAGGGUGAGAGAGGCGGGGUGAGGGGUUCGGUUAAAAAGGCGCCGAGGCCGACAGGUGUCCAAGAUCGCAGCGCGCGGCGCGCUCCGCAGUCCCAACUCGCAGCCAGUGGCCGCGCUCCCGCCUACUGAGCGCAGCCUCCACCGGGACCCGCGGCGACCAGCUCGGGAUCAACCGGCUACCCACUUCGGACCAACCCAGUAGCGGCCCGAUACCCGCUCCGGACCAACCAGGGACAGACCCCGGGAGCCACUCCAGACCUGCUCCUUCUUACAGGCGACAGCGCCUCGCCGCUUCCCGCCACCCAGCGCUGCACGCUCCUCGGGACACAGUGCCAACCACCCAGAGGACAAGAUGGAUUGGGGCACUCUCCAGAGCAUCCUCGGGGGUGUCAACAAACACUCCACCAGCAUUGGGAAGAUCUGGCUCACCGUCCUCUUCAUCUUCCGCAUCAUGAUCCUUGUGGUGGCUGCGAAGGAGGUGUGGGGAGACGAGCAGGCCGAUUUCGUGUGCAAUACCCUUCAGCCUGGCUGCAAGAACGUCUGCUACGACCACUACUUCCCUAUCUCUCACAUCCGGCUCUGGGCCCUGCAGCUGAUCAUGGUGUCCACACCGGCCCUCCUGGUGGCCAUGCAUGUGGCCUACCGGAGACACGAGAAGAAACGCAAGUUCAUGAAGGGAGAAAUAAAGAAUGAGUUUAAGGACAUUGAAGAGAUCAAAACCCAGAAGGUCCGUAUCGAAGGGUCCCUGUGGUGGACCUACACCACCAGCAUCUUCUUCCGGGUCAUCUUCGAAGCUGUCUUCAUGUAUGUCUUCUACAUCAUGUACAAUGGCUUCUUCAUGCAGCGUCUGGUGAAGUGCAACGCUUGGCCUUGUCCCAAUACAGUGGACUGCUUCAUUUCCAGGCCCACAGAAAAGACUGUCUUCACCGUGUUCAUGAUUUCUGUGUCUGGAAUUUGCAUCCUGCUAAAUAUCACAGAGCUGUGCUACUUGUUCGUUAGGUAUUGCUCCGGAAAGUCCAAAAGGCCAGUCUAAUGCGUUGCCUGGCCACCAGAGCGAAGAUCUGAGGGAGAGGAUGAGGCAACCCACGCUCAGGCUCAGUCGGCACAGCCCAGCCACCAGCAUUUCCCGGACACAGACAUUCCCAUCUUAAAUGCCACCAUUUGAAGUCCCUGUAGGCCUCCCAUGAAACUCCAGAAGCCUCCGUGGGCCUCCCUUCCCCCAACGCUCCAAACAAAGGCCCGAUUCUAUGCCCGUAUUAAUGGGCUCUAAAGUUAGUUCCACUGAGACCCAGUGCUAGUAGCUGCUAUGCUUGUAGGAUACAGUCGCAGUUUAAACAAAGGGAUCUCACAUUGUUUCUCUUCCUCUGAGGACAGGAGAGGAGCCUGGUCCUGAGGAAGAGUUCCUCCCUCAGGGUACCCUUCCCCCAGGCGCCCCUAGCUAAAGGUAAAGGAUCUCCGCAUGGUUAUUUGCUUUGAUAGUUUAAGUCUGCAACAGUGGACAAAAGCUAUUUAAUCCCUCAAGUGCUGUGUACUUUUUUUUUUUUAAAUGAGAACCUUAAAAUAAGGUAGGUUCUGUUCCUAAAAUGAUCUGGAAAGUAUUAUACAUUCCUCCUAGUUCAGAGGUUAGGUUUGUGAAGUGAACAUGGUGUGUAAACAGAUCUCACAAAAUCGUUAAAACCUUGGGGUUAUAGGAAACCUGCAGUGUGGCUGUGAGCCCACCUAUUAUAUUCAUCACUGGGGUGCUGGGCGUGGGGCUACAACACUACACCCUGUCUCACAUGAGACAGACUGGAAGCUUCUUGCACUGUCUUCUGACAAGAAGAGGCCUCACUUAGAAUAUUCAACCGUAAUUUUGUGUAAGAGACAGAUAGGCUAGGCCAACAACUGCCCCCUGCCAUGAGCCCCCCCCUCCCCCCCCCCCCCCCCGACACAGCAGUUUGUCUGCUCUGUAGCUGUGGGAUGUGGCAGUCAGCAUCAGAACACAUCAACUUCAUGAGUUUGCAUGGGAAUUUCACUGCCAUGGUGCAUUUAAUGGUGCAGAAACCAAAUGGGGUGGUUUUCAGAGAACCAAUGAAACUUCUAGACUCUAAAUCCUGUUGAUUAAAACUAAGUUUUUCUACUUUGAAAGUCUGUUUGCCUCCCUCUCCAGCCUUGCCUUCUUAACUGGAAACAGAAAUGUGGAUAUUUGGAAAACAAAUAAAAGAAACUAGUUUAGAUCAAUACGUAACUUUUCUAGGGCAAGUUGAACCUUAGCAUUACCUUUAUGCCUAAUGUAUUUCCCACAAGAUGACAGUCAUCAAAUCCAACAGGGGACACUUCUUCCUGCCAAGAAUAUCAUUGGGAAGCCAUUUUGUAACAAUAAAUAAGAGUUGUGGUUUCAUGCUUGUCACUGAUAUAAUUUUGUAAACUCCUAAAUGUCAUUUAUUAAAAUAUGAUUAUUUUG